CCUCAGAACAGGACGGAGGAGGGAGUGUGUUGAGCGAAUCCCGUGUCCAGGGGCCCCCCUCACGUGACUCCCUCCUCCGACCCUCAUUGGAGGCACCGGGGGGGGGAGGGGGCGGAGUCCUGGGUGGCGGCGAUCGCCUGGAAGGGAGGCAGGAAGCGGGGCGAGCAGUUGGGCUGGCUUUGCGGUUCGGUGGCCGGCGGCGGCGGCGAGAGGCGCCCACCUGGCCCCGCCCGCAGCACCGGCAGAAUGCAGAGCGUCAUUAACACGGUGAAGGGGAAGGCGCUGGAGGUGGCCGAGUACCUGACUCCGGUGCUGAAGGUGAGGCCCCUCCCUCAGCCCCCGGAAUGGAGUGCGCGGGGCAGCAGCCGGAGGGAAGGGCGCGGGGGGGUCCCCGUUGUCAUGUCGUUCCCAUGGGGGGGGGGCCCGCUUUUUCUCCGCCCGCCCUCGCCAAAAUAGCAUUUCUGUCGGUGAGAAACCCAGAAGCAGCCCUCAAAUAGGCAACCAAGAGCCUUGUGCAACCCUGAAGACUCGCGCGUUUUAUUUAUUUAUAGUUUUACCUUGUAACUAAAAGGAGCCCCUGAAAGCUUUGUGCCAAAACGCCGACAACAAAUCGGCAGUGCCAAGGCACCCUUUUCUGUUUCCCCUCACCACUGUUUUUGUUUUUUUGUUUUUUGCUCUCCCUGGAAAAUGGCUACAGUGGAUGGAAGCAGGCACCCUCCUCUGUUAUAUCCCCCUCUUAGGAGGAACGGCCCUUUAUGUGACCCAUAAAACCGUGCAGGUUGUAUGUUUACCCUGCAGGAGCUGUCAAAGGUGGCCUGUCCUCCUCUCUGAAGGUGGCACGGCCUUGUUCUGUAUGUCAUGUGUUAACAGUGUGCUUACAGUGCACAUUUUCUGUGCUGGUGGUGGGAUGUUUUGCAAUGGGUAACGGGUUAUGUGUUUUGAUGUGUUUCGCUGGCCUGUGAACAGGUAUCCUGCAAAAGAACUGGUGCAGCACAAACUGAAAUAUGUUUGCUAAGUACAAAGGUCUUCCGUUACUGCUUCAGGUUUCUGAGGAAUAAAUGCACUCCAGAGCCAUAAAGAAUGCAUGUCCCCCUGCUCUUACAGAACACUAUUAUGACAGCUUCUUUGGAUAAGUGGUGCUGCUGUGUUGCAUUGAUGCAUGGAGAAGGAAGGAUACUUCUAUCUCGUUUAGAAGAGACACUGUCCUUGGAGAAAACAGUAGAAUAAGCAUAAUUUAUUCAGGAGCCAGAGAAAGAAUGGAAAAAAUCCAGGUGGUGUGCGUAUCUGGAGCCUAGAAGUUGUAACUUUUAUGAAUGGCUCUGCCCAUAGUUGGCAUUUUUAAAAGCAGAUGUGGACUCAGUCCCCACAGCUCUCUGAAUGAUUGUCAUUUUUUAACAGUUCUUCUUUAAACAGAUGACAGAUGGGAGUUUGUGAUAAUGUAGAACCAAGCAAAUUAAAAGCUGAAAAUAUGUAAAGUUCAAGCUGCAUGUUACAUUGAAUGCAUUACAAGCAGCUAUGCUUCUGUUUACAGUCAUACCUUGGGAUAAAUUUGCUUCAAGUUAAGUAUUUUUGGGUUGUGCUCCGCGGCGACCCGGAAGUAAUGGAGCACGUUACUUCUGGGUUUCGCCGUGCGCACAUGCGCAGAUGGUCAAAAUGACGUCAUGCGUGGAAGCGGCAACACACGGAUGUGGGUUGCAUUCGCUUCAGGAUGCGAACGGGGCUCCGGAAUGGAUCCCGCUUGCAUCCCAAGGUACCACUGUAUUCUUUACUUAAUCAUAGAUGCUCACACUACUGUUAUUGGAAGCACAGCAGAUGGAGAAUGGAAUUUAUCCCUUUCCUUCUUUGCUGUGACUCUGCUCCCAGAAUGGACACCCUUCCUCAAUGGCAAAAAGGAGCAGUAAAGACUCUUGGCACCAAUGGGAACUUUUUUUAGGAACAUUUGUAGCCAUGUUGGGGGGCAGUUUUGUGGUGUUCACAGCUGGGUGGGAGGGUAUAAACCUCCAUUUAAUGUUUGCUGUGCUCCUAUCCUCCACGGCUUGAGACUGUCCCCCUCCCAUAAAAGCAUGACAAAAAUUAUUUUUAAAUGUAGAUGCUUAUUGCCACUAAGUGAGAGAUAAUACUGUUGGAGCUCAAACAAUAUGUAAACAUAUUCUGUAAGUACUUAAAUCAGUAUACCUAGAUCUGUUUCAAAAUAUACAACAGUAGCUUGUUUACAAAUCUACAAAAGUUACAAACACGUGCAGUAUGUGUGUUUUAAGACUAAAAAUAUAUGUAUAUAAGAAAUAUGCUAGACCACUUUUAGGAACAUAAGUUUAAGUAUCCUAACUCAAAAUUUGUCUUCAUGAGCAGAAAUGGAAAUAACUCUGGCACCCUUGAGCUACGUAUUACAGAAUCCAUCCUUUUUCUGCUCAUCUAAAAGGUUCCAUGGCUUCAUCUGAAUUUCCACUUUAGGAUGUCCUAAAAAUGAAGAUAGAAAAAUCCCAAAAUUUUGUAUUUGUGUGUUUCCUGCUUGUAUUCUUAAUAUGGGCCAAAUUUUAUGCUUGCUGCAGAUGAUAGAGGGAUUUAAAAUGUGAAUGGAAAGCAAGAGGCAUAAGAAAUGACCCUGGUCAAAGUUUGUAGUUAUAUAGCAGAGCAAAGUUUUUAGUGAAUUUCUCAUUCUACAGUAAUCUUUGGUUUUCCCCACCCCACCCCAAUUCUGGGCAUGUUUCCCAACCAGACUGCAAAACUUGUCAGUGUAUGUUUUGUUAAUUUGGGGCAGUACUCAAUUAAACAGUUACCCUAGUGCAGUGACUUUUAGCUGUGCAAUGUACCACUCCCUCCUCACUCCCCAUGAGCCCCUAAAUCUGCUCCAGAGGCUGGGGGAACUCUAGGUGGUGCAUGGAGGGCACAUGGGAAGAGGAGAGGGGAGGAUGGGGAAGUUACAUUGUAUAGCUAAAAGUUGGUGUUUAGUUGAAUACUGCCCGUUAUGUCUUGCCUUUAAGGAUCUCAGGGUAGUAUACACAAGGAUAUAUAACACUAUCAUCAUUUUAUGAGGUAGAUUAGACGCUUAGUAAUAUUGACUUGCCUGGCCUAGUUUGUCUUUAUCCUGAGACCUUUACUUUCAAAUCUAAAAAGUCAUCUUUUUAUUUUUCUUCUCUAUUUUGACUGUAGGAAUCAAAGUUUAAAGAAACUGGAGUUAUCACUCCUGAAGAGGUAUGUAUACACUUGUCGGCUUGUUUUUCAAAGUAACUUUUUGAAAGUAGUAAAACAAGAAGUUCCUGUUGCAGAGUUUUCUAGUUCCUCUUAAUGCAAACUACAAUUGUGACAAAAUGCCAGUAUUUAGUCCAUAUUUUCUUGGAAAAGUCAUUCACAAUUGUGAACAUACCAACCAGAUCUCUGUACCCACUACAACUGAAAUUGUAUGUGCAUACAAACUGGAUUUUUCUCUGUAAAAAUGCAUCGGGUUGGGCUGCAAAACAGAUCCCUUUUCUAGCUAUUCUAAAAUGCACGGUAUUUGUAAGCUGCCUUGAGGGAUGCUACAGACAAAAAGCUGAGAUUUGUACACUUCUUAAAUUAGUGCAUCAGCUGUUCAAAAAUGAUUUUAAGUGGAAAUGUGGAAAUAUUACAAAAUUUGUAACUGCUUCCUCUUCCUGAGAGGUCUGCAACAGCAAACACAAUAAUAUUUUCAAGUACUUGUUUAGCAUCUAUUUCAAUCAGUAUUUUCCUUGGCGUUCUUCUACUAUGUUCUAGAGUUUUCUCAGUAUAUUGGUGCUCUUGUCUAUGCAGCUUUCCUUGUAAAUGAGGGACAUUGUGUCCCCCUCACUAGUCUAGCUGUGGACUGUGACUAAAUACCUGCAUGUACCUUUCAAUUUGGGUCGUGCUGUUAUUUUAUUUAAAGAUUUAUAUGCUGCUUUUGAAACCAAACAUUUUCACAAGCAGCUUACAAUCAAGAUCCUAAAAACACUUUAAUUCCAGUAGCUUCAAAAAUUAAACUAAAAUCAGUAGCAUAAAGAGAUCCCAAACUAUUACUAUCACAAAACAGCUUUACCAUUGAAAAUCCAGUCCACACACUAUUUUACUUAAAGACAGAUUGAGAUUAAAAUGUCUAUCAGAGUUGUCUAAAAGCAAAUGGGUAAGGAGCAAAACGAAACUUCUUAGGAGGGAGUUCUAAGACGUGGGACCUGAAAAGGCUCUAUCUAUUGUACCCACCAAUCUAAUAUAUUUUUAAUGGGCGCCCUGCAAAUAUGUACUUGUAUCUGAUCUUAUGGCAAACAGUACUUCCAAGUACAGUGGUACCUUGGUAGUUGAACGGCUUGGCUUCCGAACAAAUCAGCUCCUGGACACCGCAAACCCAGAAGUGAGUAUUCCGGUUUGCGAACGUUUUUCAGAAGCGGAACAUCCGAUGCGGCUUCUGAUUGAGUGCAGGAAGCUCCUGCAGCCAAUCGGAAGCCGUGUCUUGGUUUUCGAACCAUUUCGGAAGUUGAACAGACUCCCGGAACGGAUUAAAUUCGAGAACCAAGGCAUCACUGUAAUCUGGUCCCAAACAGUUUACGGCUUUAAAGCUGAAUAUCAGAAUCUUAAAUUGGGCCCAGAAGUGAAUUAUCAAACAGACUUCAGAUUACGCGAUCUAGGUCUUAAUAUUUUACCUUGGGACACUACUUAUUUGAAAGGUGCUUGCAAAGUAAGUAUGUAAGACUCGUGUAGCAUGUGAAAGAAGGAGAAGACACAAGAGGUAGGGUUAAGAAUUUUUAUAGAAAGAAAAUAGGCAUGCCCAAGAUUCACAUGUCUGGUUUUUGGCCCCUGCCUUCACAUACCACAAAAUGGAUGAGGCAGAACUUAUUUUUUUUUUUUACUAAAGCAUGGUCAGUUGCAAAUGCAGAAGAAAGUAAUUGCUCAUGACUGUGAUCUAGAACAUUUCCAAUGAUGUUACAAAUAGCAGGAAUACAGAAGUUUGCACUGAACUUAAGAGGCCUUCCCUGUUUUCUUUCCCCUUUUUAAAAAGGAAACUGAUUCGUCCAGUUUUGGCAUAAUAUUUGUUUCUACUGUAUUACAAUUCUUUUCAAAGGAACACCAGUACCUGAAGCUUAUGGGAGAUCUUGCAAACCUUUUUCUGCCACCCGAAAUACAAACUUGUUCAGCAAAAAAAAAAAAAAACUUCUAAAAAUUGAAUGCUAGCAAUUAAGGCUAGAUUUUUUGACCUUAAUUCCUAAAUGUUGAUGGAGUGGCAGAUUUUUACUGCAGAGGGAUUCACUGAUAAGAAUUUAAUCUUUGAUGGCAGUGCUUAUGGGUUCUUUUUAAUCUGUCUUCAAGUUAUUAUAUGAAGCCACUGAAUACUUACGUUCCAUGCUUGGCUAACCAGGAAACUUGCAUCAAUAAAAUAAUUUAGCUCCCUCUGCUUGCCUGAUUUUUAGACUGGACCUUCGCUGCUUUGAACUUAACACAGUGUGCAUAACGGAAAACACAUCCUAACAGUAACAAAAUUCUCCCCUCCCCAUCUUGUUAUUUCAGCAAGAUGUAAAGAUAUAGGGUUAUAUUGAGUGCUGCUGUUCUGUUAGCACAGCAGACUUCUGCUUGUGCAGUGGAACUUCCCACUCCUCCACUGCCAUCCACACACCCUCAAAAUCUGCUCCAAAGUGUUGAACGAUUCCCCAAAACAGAUUUGGGGAGCAUGUAGGGGAGGAAGGGAAGGGGAAGUCCUGCACUACUUGAGAUACAACCUGAAGACUUGUUUGAAGAUGGAUCAGUUAACUAUUGUGGUUAGCUAAGCAUUUCUACUUCUCCUCUGUUCUGACAGUCCACUAGAUUUUCCUAGUAGUUGUUUAUUUAGUGCAGAUAUAAGUGGCUGUUGCUCACUGUCCCAAGAAGUUGACACUGCAAUAAAUAUUUAAUAUAUUAAAGAUGGUUUUUCUGUCAUUCUGUCUCUAGAGAGAGAAGAAAGAACCUUGCUUAGAUGUGACUAUUUGUGAUGGUGAUUAUUUAGUGCAUGCUUCGUUUUGGCUUUCAUCACUAUAUUUUUGGAGCAUGUCUUGUGGCUGUAUGCCUUUAAAAUAUUUAGUGUGUAAAUGCCAGCUGUUGCACUUGGCUUGUGGAUCAUCCCAUUAACAAUCUAUCCAGGAAUCCCAUUCCAGUUGGCAAGUUAAUUGCGUGACGGUCCCAUUCAGACAAAAUAUUUUCUUGCAUAUGCAUCUGCAGAAAUUGUUCUAGGAGCAAUUGUCUCUGAAUUGGGAAAGACAAAUUACUGAGCUGGUAUCAGUAGGAUUUGAUCUCACACUUACUCUAUACAGCUAUAAGUCAUGAUGUUAAGGCUACUGAGGCUGGUGAAACUCUGUAUAUAUCAGAUAUUUUUCAGCCUUCUUCUGUUUUGUGUUUGGCAGUUUGUGGCAGCAGGAGACCAUUUAGUUCACCACUGUCCUACUUGGCAAUGGUAAGUAAGAUUCUACAAAAACCACCUCAAAAGAAUACAUAGGGAUGGGUAGCACAUUCACUGUCUGGUGAUUGUGAAUGUGCACGUAUUUCCCACUGCGUGUGAGAGAGAAACUAUACAAAGACUCCUGAUUUGUAUAAUUCUUCCCCCAUCCCACCCACUUUUUUUGAGAAGGUGUUGCAGAAUGGACUUGAGCAUGUGUAGCUUUACUUCGCAGUUGUACACCAUUACUUGAGUGUAUUUGCUCCACCCCUAAACAUUGCCGUGAUACAUAAUAGACAAGGUCUAAAUCCUUGUAAGAAGUCAGCUAGUUUCCUGUCUUGGCAAAGGUUCUUCACUUAAUCAGAAGUUCUACAUUCAUUAUAAUGUGCAGAGUGAAGACCUUUGACUUCUGAACAUAAAACAUGGACACUUGAAAUUGCUCAAGAUAUGUGUUGUAUUUUUUGUGAGCUUGUACUGACUUCAUUUUCAAUUUAGCUUUUAAGAUUUAUCAGGAUACAAAGGCAAAUAUUUAAUAUACCAAAAGAGGGUUUUUUAUGUAUAGUUAGUGAAACAUUUUGCAUUAGCCGCACUUUAAAGGUGUUUUUUAGGAUUAGAACAAUGGUAGGAUUGAAAAAUGCCUAUCUGUCUACAACUUGUAACAGGCUUUGAGCAGUUCCUUUGGUUUGAGCUCAUAGAAGCCCCUUGUCUCCUUCCUGCAACAGAUACAAUAAGCUUGAUGCACUGCAUGUUGUAAAAGGGGAAGCAGAAGAAAUGCAAUUCUGAGAAUGCUCUUAUCAUUUAACAGAAGUGGAAAUGCAGACUGGGAUUGCAUGUACUAGACAACUAGGUGUGUCUUCCAAAGGGGAAAAACUACUUGGGUAGUUUGCUCUUUCCUUCCUCCCCCCUCCUCCCCCCUUUCUGUGCCACAGGGCAAAUAAUCUUUGAAACUGGUCAGAGUGUUUUUGUUUCUGCUUUAGCAGAAACAUGAGUCUGUUGCAUAAGAGCCAGAAUUGGUCUCUGAUUGUCCGCAGCUUUUCACAGCCUUACUUCAUAUUUUUAAGGGCUACAGGAGAAGAAUUAAAGGUCAAGGCAUAUCUCCCAACAGACAAACAGUUCUUGGUCACUAAAAAUGGUAAGUUUGGCACUAGUGCUGUGAUUGUGACUGAAUAUGCACCAGCCACAGCCCUGCAGAUGUAUCUUUACUUUCAUACUUGCUGUUGAACCACCUUUGAUAGGCGUUCACAGUUUUAUAUCUUGAGAGUCGCUAUGUGAACUUUUGAGAUCCUUAGCCUCUUUCUGUGCAUGACAUGGGUAAGCAAACUGUGCUUGUGGUAUGGAUUACUUGUAUGAGUAAUUUGGUGCUGUUCUGUAAACAUCUUUAUGCAGUGCAUAAUGUAGUCCAGAUGUGUUGGACUACAGCUCCAUCAUCCCUGACCACUAUGGGGUAGGCUGGCUUGGGUGACUCGAUUGGUGAGGGACAGCAGGUUGAGAUUGGUGAGGCAGCAGGUUAGACUAGAGGCCUGAACAAUUCUUUCAAUAUCUGCUUCUGUCUUGAUCCAAAACAACAAAACUGAAUGAAGCUGAUAAACAUGUACUUUAUUUUUAUUUUUUUUAAUAUAAUAUUUAUUGGUUUUACAAAAAAAAAAUUCCAAAAGAUGCAAAAAUACAAAAAUUCGACAAACAGAAAACAACCAUAACAAUAACAAAAAGCAAACAGAGAUAACAAUAUCCAUAACAAAAAAAAGAAAAGAGAAAAAAAGAAAAAGAAACAGAAAAAUUUAAAAAGUAUUAUACUUUCAUUUAACCUUCUUAUCAUUACCUAAUUCUUUGACUUCCCCACAUCUCCCCGCUUGUAUUUCCAUUUAAGAACUCCUUUCAGCAAAUCCUUACCCUCCUUUCUUUAUCUUAACUCAAAAAGUUAAUCUAUUUAUAUAUAAAUAUUACAACUUUAUCGAUCAAAUAUUCCAUGCUCUUAAUCACAAGGCUUUUGCCAAUACCAGUUAUUUUCAAUCAGACCUCAAUUUAACAUUCAUUAAUUUUAUAGUAUUUCUGUAGAUAGUCUUUAAAUUUCUUCCAAUCUUCUUCCACCGACUCUUCUCCCUGGUCACGGAUUCUGCCAGUCAUCUCCGCCAGUUCCAUAUAUUCAAUUACCUUCAUCUGCCAUUCUUCCAGAGUGGGUAAAUCUUGUGUCUUCCAAUACUUUGCGAUGAGUAUCCUUGCUGCUGCUGUUGCAUACAUAAAGAAAGUUCUGUCUUUCUUUAGCACCAAUUGGCCAACAAUGCCCAAGAGAAAGGCCUCUGGUUUCUUUAGAAAGGUAUACUUAAAUACCUUUUUCAACUCAUUAUAUAUCCUUUCCCAGAAGGCCUUGAUCUUUGGGCACGUCCACCAAAGGUGAAAGAAUGUACCUUCAGUUUCCUUACAUUUCCAACAUUUAUUAUCGGGCAAGUGGUAGAUUUUUGCAAGCUUGACUGGGGUCAUGUACCACCUGUACACCAUUUUCAUUAUAUUCUCUUUUAAAGCAUUACAUGCUGUAAACUUCGUACCUGUGGUCCAUAACCGUUCCCAGUCAGCAAACAUAAUGUUGUGUCCAACAUCCUGUGCCCAUUUAAUCAUAGCAGAUUUUACCGUUUCAUCCUGAGUAUUCCAUUUUAGCAGCAAGUUAUACAUUCUUGAAAGUGUUUUAGUUUUGGGAUCUAGCAGUUCUGUUUCCAACUUUGAUUUUUCCACCUGGAAGCCAAUUUUUCUAUCCAAAUUGAAGACCUCUCUUAUUUGGUAGUAAUGCAACCAGUCUCGCACUCUAUCUUUUAAUUUUUCAAAACUCUGCAAUUUGAAUUUAUCUCCUUCUUGUUCCAAGAUCUCCCAAUAUUUUGGCCACUUGGCCUCCAUAUUGGACUUUUUUAGGGCCUUUGCCUCCAUUGGUGAUAGCCACCUCGGGGUUUUAUUCUCCAAUAAGUCUUUAUAUCUUAUCCAGACAUUGAACAAUGCUUUCCUGACAAUAUGAUUUUUAAAUAUUUUGUGAGCUUUAACCUUGUCAUACCACAAAUAUGCAUGCCACCCAAACACAUUAUUGAAACCUUCUAAGUCCAAAACAUCAGUGUUUUCCAGAAGUAACCAAUCCUUCAACCAGCAGAAAGCUGCUGAUUCAUAAUAAAGUUUAAAGUCUGGCAGGGCAAAUCCCCCCUCUUUCUUUAGCAUCAGUCAAUAUUUUAAAUUUUAUCCUGGGCCUCUUGCCCUGCCAGACAAACUUAGAGAUAUCUCUCUGCCACUUCUUAAAACAGUCCAUUUUGUCUAUUAUUUGUAUCGAUUGAAACAAAAACAGCAUUCUUGGCAAUACAUUCAUCUUGAUGACAGCAAUUCGACCUAACAAGGAAAGCUUCAAAUUUGUCCAUAUUUCUAAAUCCUUUUUAAUGUCCGACCAACACUUUUCAUAAUUGUCUUUAAAUAAAUUCCCAUUUUUAGCUGUCAUGUGAAUCCCCAAAUAUUUCACUUUUUUUACUACUGUUAAACCUGUCUCAUUCUGAAACCUCUCUUUUUCGAUCGGUGUUAAAUUCUUCUCAAGUACUUUAGUUUUAAACUUAUUCAGCUUAAAACCUGCCACCUGACCAAACUCUUGAAUCAGUUCUAAUGCUCUUUUCGUACUAGAUUCUGGCUCCUGUAAUGUCAGUACAAGGUCAUCUGCAAAUGCUUUCAGUUUAUAUUGUUUCGCUCCGACCGUUAUACCCUUAAUCAAAUGGUCCCUUCUUAUCAUAUUUAACAAAACCUCCAGAACAGAAAUAAAAGUAAUGGGGAAAUUGGGCAGCCUUGUCGUGUCCCUUUCUCUAUCUUAAUUUCCUCUGUUAUCACAUUAUUAACUAUUAAUUUAGCUUUUUGUUCUGAAUAAAUUGCAUUUAUACCAUUUUCAAACUCUUGGCCUACCCCCAUCCCCUGAAGAUUUUUCUUCAUAAAACUCCAAGAAAUAUUGUCAAAGGCUUUCUCUGCAUCCACAAAAAUCAAAACUGCUUUAGUAUUGAUCUCCUCUUGCAGCUUCUCCAGAAUAUCAAUUAUGUUCCUUGUGUUGUCCGAAAGAUGUCUAUCUGGAAGAAAGCCGGCUUGGUCCUUGUGAAUCACUCCUUUUAGCACUUUUUAAGCCUUUUUGCUAAGAUGUCAGCAAAAAUUUUGUAAUCCACAUUUAACAGGGAUAUGGGCCGGUAGUUCUUAAGCUGUGUCUUUUCAGUCUCAGCCUUUGGUAUAAGUGUAAUAAAUGCGUCUUUCCACGACUCUGGCGCUCUUUUCCCCUCUAAAAUUUCAUUACAAACCUCAGUUAAUGGUCGAAUUAACCAGUCUUUCAAAGUUCUGUAAUAUUUUGAGGUUAAACCGUCCGGUCCUGGAGAUUUUCCCAACUGCAUAUUCUGAAUGGCACCUUCAACCUCCUGUUCUGUAAUUUUAUAAUUCAACAAUAUCUUGUUAUCCUGAGAAAUUUUGUGUAAUCCAUUGGUUUUCAAAAAUUGCUCUAUCUCAAAUUCUUUCUGAGGCCCUUGUGUGUAUAAUUGUUUGAAAUAUCUCUGGAAGCAUUUCCUAAUUUCUUCUGGAUUCUGGAUAUUUUUCCCUUCCACUUCCAAAUUAGUAAUAGUAUUAAGUUUUUGUCGUUUCUUCAACUGCCAAGCCAGCAAUUUCCCACAUUUAUUUGCCGAUUCAAAAGUCUUUUGUCUCAUUUGUUUAAUUUUCCAUUCCACUUCUUGAUUUAUCAAUUUCAUAUAUUGCACUUGGUGCAAUUUUAUUUCCUCAUACUCUCUUGUGAAUUGGGCUUCACUCUCAGUUUCUUCUCGCCCUCCUUUAUUUUUUCCAGAAUUUUUUCCUUCUUUACGUUUUGGGCCUUCUUCUUAAUUGAAUUCUGUUGAAUCAGGAAGCCCCUCAUAACAGCUUUGCUUGCGUCCCAGAUUACUCUUUUUUCUACAGCUGUAUUCAAGUUUAUCUCAAAAUAGUCCCUCAAUGUCUUUUGGGCCUUCUUAAUCACCUCCUGAUCUCUAAACAAGGUGUCAUUCAUCCUCCAUCGGAAGGAACCAGUAGAUGUUAACUUCAUCUCCAUUCUCACGGCGUUAUGGUCGGAGCAUAUUUUUGGGCAGAUCUACAUGAUAAACAUGUACUUUAUGCAAAACUGAGAGAACAUUCAAAUACUGUACCAGUUCUUUAUGAUUAUGUCAUACUUAGGAAAUAGUAUAAUAGGGCUUUACCCACCUUACAAUACAUAUGCUGAUCCUUAGGUCUUCUGCUUUUAAGCAGCAGUUCCUCUAUGUGAUGCUGAAUCAAAUGCUUCAGUAAAAUUCAGGAAGGCACUUGCCCUUAAUGCGUAUAAGUUUCAAGUGACAUCUGUACUGCUUGCUAAAUGCUUUCAGUGUAUUUUAGCUCCUAGCUAAGUUAGUGUCUGUUUUGUGCCUGGAUACAUUUGGAUUCCCCAGAGCAGUAAGCUUCGCUUAAGACUAAACCCAUUCUUCAAAAACGUGUGCUGAGAUUUGUGAAGUGUAUACGUUAACCUCCAGUUCUGAAAACCCUGGGAGAAUUUAUCUCCAGCUGAUUUUGUGAAUGAACAGUGUUCGCUGUUUUUUGUAGUGCCAUGCUAUAAGCGAUGUAAACAAAUGGAGUAUUCGGAUGAACUGGAAGCCAUUAUAGAAGAAGAUGAUGGGGAUGGAGGAUGGGUGGACACAUAUCACAAUGCAGGUAUUGUGUAUUUGUCUUGUAUAUUAAACUUAUAAAUGCCCAGCUUGCGGCCUCUAUUCUCAUGUACUCUGAAUAAUGCUCUAGAACACAUAAGUGUCCAGACCUGGAGACCAUCUUCAGAUUUUAGUUUUCCUCACUGAAUCUCGAUCCUUAAGCAUUAAAAAAAGCAGCCAUUGAAAAUUAUGAGUCACAGUUGCCAUCACCCAGGGUUUGGGGUGGGGAGCAGCUGUUUCUGGAAUCAAAAUAUUAGCAGGUUUCUCCCUAGUUCUGACUAUAUCUGUGCUCUUUACAGGCAUUACAGGAGUGACAGAAUCCAUUAAGGAGAUCACACUGGAGAGCAAGGUAUUAACUUGUGAAUCUGUGGCUAAUAUGCUGAUGGGUAAUACAAAGUGAACCCUGGGCUUUUUUUCAGCCGGAACUUGCUGGAACCCAGUUCUGGCACCUCUCAGGUGGGCACCAUUGCCAUUCUAAGAGAACAAGGGAGGUGUUCACGGUGAGUUCCGGCACCUCUUUUUCUAGAAAAAUAGCACUGAAUAAACCUAACAACUUGGUAUGCUUGUUGGCGUAACUGCUCUCCCCGAAGAAAAAAAUAUUUUCCCUGUUAUGUCUCUAGUGAAUGGGAACAGUAGGUUAGAUGCCUAAUAUGAACCACAGCAGUAAAUCCCCUGCAUACUUCUGGAUUGAGGGAGGCACUCUUCUGUAGAUUAAAUGCAAGCAUAUUCGUGAAAACAAACUCAGGAAAGUUUUUGAAGCCCACAGUUAACAGAGCCAUGUUAUUUAGGUUGGCUAAUGUGAAGGUAGCCAGCCAGAGCAGUGCAGAGAUUUAAAGCACAUUUUUGUCCUUUCGUUUUGGCGGCUGGUUUAGAUAGUUGAGCAGCUAAUUUGUGGUUACAUUGCAGCCCCCAAAUUGCUGGUUACCUAGCGCAGGGAUGGGACUCCUGUGGCUGUCCAAGUGUUUUUAUUUAUUUAUUAAAUUUCUAUACCACCCUUCGUCCGAGAAUCACAGGGUGGUUUACAGUAUAAGGGCACAAACAAACAUACAUAGCAUAGUAACAGACAAAAGCGACAAACCUUCCCUCCUUCAGUUUAAAAGGCUAUAGAUUGGCCUGGGAGAAGAGUAGAGGAAUGUUUUCACUGGCACCAAAAGAUAUGUAAUGAUGACGCCAGGCAAGCCUCCCUGGGGAAGGCAUUUCACAAAUGGGAGCCACCACAGAAAAGGCCUGUCCUCACGUUGUCACUCUCUGGAUAUGUCAUGAAGGAGGCAUAUGGACACAAGUUGCUGGCCUGCAACUGCCCUUAUCCCUGACCAUGGGCUGUGCUGGUUGGGGCUGGUGGGAACAGAGUCCACAGGUUUCCCAUCCUUGACGUAGACUGCUCAAAUGAGGGAAUGGUUAAGUUUACCCUUGUUCCAUCUUAUCUAGAAAUGGCUGGACUGAGUUGUGCUUAUGCUUGGCAAAAAUGCUUCAUUCUUAUGCAAAACAUUUCUAAUUUUCCCAAAAGAGAAAAUGUAUUCAAGAGUGGUAAAGUUUGCAAGCUUUGUGGUUGCUGUCUUCAGUUUUAUCCCAGCCAGGGUGUGCAGUCUCUGAUGCAGCAUAGGAAUGUGAGGUCACCACUUUUAAAAAGAUACGGCAUGCUUUGAGAGGGCUGUACAAUUUGAAUUUUAAUUGAAAAACUAGCUAUAACUCGUUGCAUCAGAUUUCAUUUACAGCAGGGCUUUACUGCCAUACAAUAUUUUCGUAUACCUUCAUGAUGAUCAAGAAACAAGCUUUAUUGACACAUUUAUUGGUACGUUUUUGGUCCCACAGCGAGUGGCCAGUUUGCAAGUUAGUGGAGUGAUUCAGUCUCCCCAUUCAUGGAAUUGCUGAGUGAUCUCUUAAGUUUGAUGCAUGAAUGCUCUAGUCAGGAACACUGAAACAGUACAUUGCUUUUUCUUGUCUUCAAAGGACAAUACAAAGUUACCAGAGCGCUCAGGGUCUUGUGAUGAUGAAGAUGAUGAUGAGGGAGAGGCAGCUGAUAUGGAAGGUAAUGGCCACUCACUUGAAGGAAUGCUUCACUAGAUCAUGUUGUUGUUAGGUAUGAAGCAGAAGCAAAACAAUAAUGUUGCCAUCAUUGCACUUUUGAGGCCAUUUUGUGCAGGGAAUUCUUUCUGCAGAAGAUGCCUUCCUGUGUAGCGUUGCAAACUUCACUGCAGUUAUUUAAAUUCAUGAAACAGUCCCUUGAGGUGGAGGGGGAUUGGUUGUUGCUCUUGUGGACAAGAAGCAAUAAAUUCAAACUGAGACUCCAAAGAUAAGCUGGGAAGAAUUUUGUAAACGUUGGAACCCAGUUGAGAAAGGAGAAAGUACUGGGGAAACUUUCUUAAUGGAGGUCUUAGAUGAGAAGGAGGUUAGAUGAAUUUUUAAUGGGUUUCAUCUGUGUAGAUUUAAUUCUGAGGCAAGAGGUUUGAUUGGGAGUUACUCAUCACUUCCAGUGAGGUGUAGAGACUAGAGCAGGGGUCUGCAAGGUUUACCUUGCCUGGGUCGGUUCACUUAAGCAGAGAUUCCUCCGUGGGGUGGAUCACGCAUGAGCGCACCCGUGAUUUCCUGCGCCUGAGCACCCACAAUUUCCUGCGCAGACACGAUUUCCGGCAUCUGUGCAGAUGCAAUUUCCCGUGGUGCGGAAGUGAGUCCCUGCGCCAUGCCGGUUUAGCACAGUGCACUGGGACUCGCCGGGUAGCUCGGAUCUGGGGCGGCUCGUGGGCCGGUUAAAUGAUCCCCGUGGGCCGCUUGUGGCCCAUGGGCCUUAGGUUGCAGACCCCUGGAGUAGAGUAUUGGACUCAAAUGUAGGCAAUCAGAUUCAAAUACCUGCACAGUUGUGAAGCUCUCUUACUUCAUCACAGGGUUAUGGUGAAGUUAAAAUGCCUCUUGGAACCCCUUGCAGGAAAGAGUUACAGUACUUCCUUCAUGAAGCAAUAAAUUUAAAAGUAAUAUAUUCAAAGAGUCACUCACUGGAGUUGAGAGUACAUGGAAGAAAUUUGUGUUUCUACAUUGUGUUAUGUAAGAUGGAAUGUAAGUGAUACAAAACUAGCCCAAGAUUAUUUUUGUCUUGUUCCAUCCAAAUAGUCAUGAUUCUACUAGCCAUCCUGAGUGUCUUGAGGAAAGGUGGGGUGCAAGUGUGAAAGACUGAUAAUACCUUCUUAUUUUCAAAUUUCUCUACCAGUAGUCGUAACGAAUCAAUAAGAGGAACUUAAAAGACGUAGUCAUCAAUUACUAUAAUCACACAACUGGUCUGACAACUCAGCGGCAUUCUGAUGAGUAGGGCACAAUACUUCCAAGGGACAGGUUAGGGGAAAAGAAGCUAAGAAAGCCAACCUAGUAGAAAGGAUGAUACCAAGACAAAUUAAAAUAAUGACAAUUACACUGUAGUCUUAAGAGAGAGAAAUGGCAUGCCAUUUGGGGAGCCGUCUGGAGCAGAUUUUGGGGGCACAUGAAGAUGAGGGUGAAGUGCCUCGAGCUUAAAUCUGCUCACACAAAUUUGGAUUCCAUCUAAUCUCUACUAAUCACUUGUCUGUGGUCAUUAACAAAUACGGAAAAAAGAUGCCAAGAGGACAGAAUUGGCCCCUUUUAAGUUUUGGAACGCACAAGAAAAGUAUAUGCUCCUAAAUAUAAAAACUAAUUCAAGAAGUAACUGUAGGUGUACUGCUAGGAAAUAUAAUCAAAUUCAUAAUCUUCAUACAGAAAAAAAUGGUAAAAUUCCACCAUAGAAUAUAUUUAUAUUUACAGGGGGAGCUAUACCAUAAAGCUCCUUUGAACCAUGAGUGGUUUUUCAACCACACUUUCCCUUCUUUUCCUUUUCUCAACUCUCUAUAGUUUGAUUGGGCUCCUCUAUCUUAACCUACACUGCUCCUUUUCUUUCACCCUGAUUUUGCUUGCCUCUUGGGCACUCUACCCAGCCCUCAGCCUGCCUGCUUUUUCCUACCACCCUAACACACAGAAUGUUUGUCAGCAUUCUGUGACAACAUAGCAGCUUAUCCUGUGGGUGGGGUGACAACUGGUUAUGUGCACCUCAAUAUAAUUUAAUGUUUAUAUUGAGGAAUGCAUUCUUUGUUACAGCAUACACUGCAAAGUGUAUUUUUAAAAACUUGAUAACUUCAUUCUUAAUCUGCAAUUUCCUUGAACACCCUGGGCACACAUAAAUAUUUAACAAAAGCAGUAAAUAGUAACAUGAUCUUUUUAUCUCCUUUCAGAUUAUGAAGAGAGUGGGCUAUUGGAGACAGAUGAUGUAAGUGCACUGUGUUCAUUGGGCAGCAGCAAUGUCUUUUCUGACUUCAACAUAUGUCAAGUAGCAUAUUCUUUUAAAAACUGCAUGUGGACUUCAUAUGUAUAUUUUCAUUAAAAACUAACCACCAAUUCAAUGAAAAGAUUUUAUACCACCACCUAAUGCCUGUAGUCAUUGAAUUUGGUGGGGAGUGGGCAGCAGCUGACAUUUUAAAGCUAUCAAUUUAUUUCUUAAAAUCUUGAGCAGGCAACAUUGGAUACAAGAAAAAUAGUGGAAGCUGCUAAGGCAAAAGCUGAUGUUGGAGGAGGAGGAGGAGAAGAAGAAGCUAUCCUACAGACCAGGACGUAUGACCUUUACAUCACAUAUGACAAAUACUACCAAACACCAAGGCUCUGGUUAUUUGGUUAUGAUGAGGUACAACAUUCUUUUUUCCUUAUUUGAAUCUAUUCAGAGCUCAGUAGUGCAAUAAAAUUGGUAAUAAGUUAUGGCAAGGGGCCUCAGACAUACUGUGUCAAAGAUCAUGCAGCCUUCUGCAAACAAAUGUAAACAAGCUUUCUUUGGUGUCGCUCUUGCAUGAAGCUUACUUUUGUGGUGUGCACGGGAAGUCAGCAAGAAAAUAACAGAACUUGUUUCUUGCACUCAGCUCCCUGUUGACCAAAUACAUAUUUUUUAUUUUUGCAGUUCCAGUGUGCUUUGACUAUAUGUGAUUUUGGCUGUAGGCACAAUCCGUAGAACGUAACCCCCACCUAAGUUGCAGGCUUACUGUAUGAGGCUUGCAAAGCAAGUUCUGUUUUAUGUUGUUGUUAUUAAUUUCAUUUUUAUACUGCUUUACUUUUUAUGGGGGGAAAUCAAAUUAGUUAAUGAUGAUGAUAAUUUUAUUAUUUGUACCCGCCUAUCUGACUUGAUUGCCCCUGCCAUUCUGGAUGGUUUCCAGCAGAUAUAAAAACAUAAUAAAACACCAAACAUUAAAACUUCCCUAUGCAGGGUUGCCUUCAGUUGUCUUCUACAAGUUGUAUAAUUAUUUAUCUUCUUGGCAUCUGAUGGGAGGGCGUUCCACAGGGCAGGCAUCACUACUGAGAAGGCCCUCUGCCUGGUUCAGUAUAACUCCUUGCUGUGAGGGAAGCACCAGAAGGCCCUUGGAGCUGAACCUCACUGUCAGGCUGAACAAUGCGGAGUGGAGAUGCUCUUUCAGGUAUACAGGGCCAAGGUGGUUUAGGGCUUUAAAGGUCAGCAACGGCACUUUAAAUUGUGCUCGGAAACAUAUGGGAAGCGAUGUAGAUCCUUUAAGACCAGUGUUACAUGGUCCCAGCGGCCACUCCAAGUCACCAGUCUGGCAGCUGCAUUCUGGAUUAGUUAUAGUUUCUGAGUCACCUUUAAAGGUAGCCCCAUGCAGAGUUGUGCAAAUGGGAGAUAACCAGAGAACACUAAAACAACACACUAAAACAUCAAAUAAAGCAAUCCAGAAUAAAACACUAUUUGCUUGGCUGAAAUUCUUUGUUUAAUUACAGAGAAGGAAUCUUUGCAAUUUGUCUUUACUUCUCUCUCUCUCCCUCUCUCUCUCUCUCUCUCUCUCUCUCUCUAGCAACGACAGCCAUUAACUGUAGACUAUAUGUAUGAAGAUAUUAGUCAAGACCAUGUCAAAAAGACUGUGACAAUUGAAAACCAUCCCCAUCUUCCUCCACCUCCAAUGUGUUCAGUUCAUCCGUGCAGGUAUGCUUCAGUCUGCAUUCUAACAGCAUAUGAAUUUACUAACAUAUGAAAAUAUGUUAUACUAGCAUAUGAAAAUAUUCAUGAAAAAAGUUUUGGUGGAUGAAAUGUGUUUUGUAUUCUGGCCACUUUUUAGCAUCUUUUUAUUCUUUAUUGUAUUCUUUAUUGGUCUUAAACUCUGAAACCCUUUUCCCCAGCACUCAGUUCAAACUGCUCUCAUUCAAAUUUAUUGGGUCUGUUACAUAGUGCGCAGUGUCAUUUGAGCGGACUUCCACUCAUGCAAUGGAAAGUCCUCUUCUUCUCUUUCUCUGUCCCCUGCAACUCUCUAGCCCAUCCUGCAUGUGUUCUUAAAGGGUCUCCCAGUCUCUGGAGUAGAUCUUGGGUGUUUUAGGGAGCUGCAUGGAGACAGGAAAUCUCUUCUGCUAGUGGGUGGAUGCUGUUGGAUUUUGCCCAUUGGACUUUGAUGGCUGGGGGUCUUGCCAACGAAAAGUAAAUUUUCUGGUUUUUUUCCACUUUUCAAACUCUCCACAAGGUGUCAGGCAAUGGUCCUGGAAAUGAGAACAGUUGUCAUGCUUCAAGCUGCAAUCUCAGGCUCUGCUACUUGGGUUUCUUUGUUUUACUUAAAAAAAAAUCUUUUCAGGCUGUCUGUUUACACAAAACGUCACACUUUGCUAUAUGUACAGAACGUGCAUUUGUCUUCACUCUAAAGCCCUAAUCUUCUUUUUUUUUUUUUUUUUUUUUUUGCAAGUAAAUUUUUAUUCAGAAUUUGUAUAAAGAAAAGAAAAAAGAACUAACAAAUACAAAAAUAAACAUUUUAACAUAAAUUAUUCAUCCUAUUUUCAUACUAUACAAAAAGAAAGCAUAUGUUCAUACAAAGAUAAUAAUAUAACCAUUAGGCUCUCCUUAGCCUUUGACUUCCCUUCACCCUUUUGGUAAGUAUCAAAUAAGUCCCGGGUUGCGUAAUUAGUUUAUUAAAGUUUAUAGUUAUUAGCUGAUAAAGUUUUUCUAAUACCGCCAGUUCCUCCUAUAUAUCCGUUCCAAUAUAUUUCCAAAACUUACUCCAAUUUUUUGAAAUUUCUGGUCGUCUUGGUCUCGUAUUCUGCCUGUUAAUCUAUCUAGCUCGGCAUAGUUGAUCAUUUUGACCUGCCAGUCACUUAUGUUAGGAAUAGUUUCUAUUUUCCAGUUUUGUGCCAGCAUAAUUCUUGCGGCUGUGGUGGCAUAGAGAAAUAUUUUUUAUCUUCAUUUUUAUUUCCUUACCCAUUAUUCCCAGCAAAAAGGCCUCAGGUCUCUUGGGAAAAGUGUAUUUAAAAACUUUUUAAGUUCAUUAUAAAUUGCUUCCCCAAAAACCUUCACCUUGCUGCAUUGCCACCACAUAUGGUAGAGGUCUCCCUCCCCUUCACCACAUUUCCAGCAUGUCUUAUUUUCUGAUCUAUAGAUUUUAGCCAAUUUUGCCGGCGUAAGAUACCAUCUAUAGAGCAUUUUCCAAACAUUUUCUCUCAAACUCGUACAGGCCGUAAAUUUAAUGUCUCUAUUCCACAAUUUCAACCACUUUUCAAACUCGAUGUUAUAACCGAAGUCAAUUGCCCAUUUAAUCAUUGCCUCUUUGACUUCCUCGUCUUUUGUAUGCCAUUCCAGUAAUAUGUCAUAUAAUUUAGACAAUGUUUUGUUUUUGCCUUCUAUUAUUUCUAUAUUGAAUUUUGAUUUCUUGUCCUCAAAGCCCAUUUUUCUUUUAUCUUGUUUUAACAUAUCAUUCACCUGAUGAUAUUGUAACCAGCCGGUGAAUUGAUCCUUUAUUUCCUCAUACGGUUUAAGUUUAAGCCCUUGUUCUGAUUUUCUUAGCAAAUCUUCGUAGGUGGCUGUCUUCCCUUCCAUGUUGGUUUUUUUUAUUGUUAAGACCUCUACUGGUGAAAUCCACCAUGGUGUUUUUCUUUCGAGAAGGUUCUUAUUUCUUUCCCAGACCUGAUAUAUUGGUCCCCUGAAAAUAUGGUUUAAGAAAGCCCUGUGGACUUUCACCUUCUCGUACCAGAGAUAUGCGUGCCACCCAUACCGGUUAUUGAAACCUUCUAAAUCCAGUAGGUCUCUGUUCUCCAAUUUUAUCCAAUCUUUUAACCAAAGUAGGCACGCUGCUUCAUAAUAUAGGCUCAAAUCUGGGAGGGCAAAACCUCCUCUUUCCUUUUUAUCAAUUAGUAUUUUCAUUUUAAUCCUUGGUCUUUUCCCCUGCCAGAUGAAUUUCAUCAGGGUUCUCUGCCAUUCUUUACAUUGUUUUAGACCUUUAAUAACUGGAAGAGUUUGAAAUAAAAACAACAUCCUCGGCAAAACAUUCAUUUUAACCACUGCUAUCUUCCCUAAAAAGGAAAAUUUCAUCCUCCCCAUAUUUCCAGAUCUUUCUUUAUUUUUUUCCAUGUAACUUCAUAAUUAUCUUUAUAUAGGUUUAUGUUUUUGCCGUAAUCCACACUCCCAAAUAUUUCACUUUUUUCACCACCAUGAUUUCCACUUUUUGUUCUAGAUCUUUCGUUUCUUCCUUAGUUAGAUUUUUAACCAGCAUUUUAGUUUUAUUCUUGUUUACCUUAAAACCUGCCACCUCUCCAAAUUCCUCCAGUUUUUGUAAUGCUUCUUUUACACUAUCUUGUGGAUCUUCCAAAGUCAAAACAAUAUCGUCGGCAAAGGCUUUAAUUUUGAAUUCCUUCUUUCCUACUCUAAUUCCUUUCACUUCUGUUGCCUCCCUCAGUCUCUUAUUAAGUACUUCCAAAAUUACAAUAAAUAAUAAGGGGGACAGGGGCAACCUUGUCUGGUCCCUUUAUAAAUGUUAAAAUAUUCUGUUGUAUUGUUGUUUAUCACCAGCUUUGCUUUCUGUUCUUUGUAUAUUGCUUCUAUGCCUCUUCUAAAUUUUCCGCCAAUUCCCAUCCUUUCCAAAGCCUUCUUUAGGAAGUUCCAGGAAACAUUAUCAAAUGCCUUUUCGGCGUCUAUGAAAACCAGUGCGGCUUUUCUGUCUAUUUUCAUGUCCAGGUAUUCAAUAAUGUCAAUCAAAUUCCUUACAUUAUCCCGUGAUUGUCUCCCUGGGAGAAAUCCUGUUUGAUCACCAUGAAUUUUAUUAAUCAAGACCUUCUUUAAUCUUUCCGCCAUUAUGUCUGCAAAUAGCUUAUAAUCAUUAUUUAAUAAUGAGAUUGGCCUAUAGUUCUUUACUUCCAUAGUGUCCACCUCUUUUUUAGGGAUCAAUAUAACAUAGGCUUCCUUCCAGGUAUUAGGUAUCUUUCCUUCUCUCAAUAUAUUGUUCAUAACCUCUCCCAGCACUGGUGAUAUUUGGUUAAUUAAUGUUUUAUAAUAUUUGGCCGGAAGGCCGUCCGGUCCCAGCGCCUUCUCAGCUUUCAUCUUUUUAAUAGCCUUUUUUAUCUCUUCCUGUGUUAUUAUCUCAUCUAGUGCUGCUCUUUCAUCUUCUACAAUUUGUUCCAGAUGGUGUUUUUGCAGAAAUUGAUCUAUUUCUUGUUCUGUUUCCUCUCCUCUUUUGUACAAAUCCUUAUAAUAUCUUUGGAAUAUUCUUUUUAUUUCUUUUGGUUCUUCCAUAAUCAUAUCUCCUUCUUUUAUUUUACUGAUCGUAUUCAACUUCUUCCUUUCUCUCAACUGCCACGCUAGAUAUUUCCCUAUCUUAUUUGCGGACUCAAAGUUCUUUUGAUUCAUCCUUUUAAUUUUCCACUCUAUCUCUUGGUUAAUUAUUGUAGCAAAUUUAGCUUGUAGUAUUUUUAAGUUCUGUUUUAAACUCUCUUCACUAGGGUUAACAGUUAAUUUUCUUUCAUUUUCCAUAAUCUGUAUUAAAAUCUGCUCUUUCUUUUUUCUUUUUCUUUUCUUAAUUGGGUAUUUUUCUGAAUCAAAAAACCCCUCAUGACCGCUUUUCCUGCGUCCCACACCAUCUCUAUGGAAGUUUCUCCAUUUAAAUUCCACCUAAAGUAUUCUUCAAUUGUUUCUAUAGCCUUAUUUACUAUAGUGUUACCUGCUUAAGGUGUUGAAGUUAAAUGUUCUUAGGCUUAGGCUGUUUACUUCCAUCAUAUUGUUUUUGCAGUUUAAAAGGGUGGGAAGAUUCUGGGAUUCUCCUUCGUUUUAAUAACAGGAGCAUACUAACUUUUAAAACUCAAUUUAAAAGUCCAGUUCUGUGUUCUGCCAGAACAGGUGAACACCUUUUGCCCUUACUCUGGCAAAGUCCCUUUGACUUUGUAGUCAAAAGGACAGUUUAGCAUCUCUGGCAAAAGAGACUGAACAAUGCUGAAUGGAAAUCUCUGGGAAUAACAGCAUGACUGAUUUUCAAAAAUAAACUCUUAUUGGGCACAAGUAGCUCAAGUCCUUUUCUGUCAGCAAAUAGGAGUGGGGGCUAUAUUGCUGUUUAUAUUCCCAUACGGAGAAGUUUAGACCCCUUAAGUCUGGAAAAGGAAGUAAAAAUGUAGUGCCAAACUCUGUUGUCCAACUGUUUUGCCAUUUUGGUCACUUCAAAGUCUGUGUUUGACCAAGUUGAAGGGCUUUCCGCUACCUUAUUAUUAAAUGUACAUAAAAUAGCAAGUCUGUCAUGUACAACAGACUUAUUGUAUUAAGCCUGAUAACAAGCCACUGGUGUUAAUGGGCAACGGGAGCCCAGUAAGAAUGCAAGAAUAAUAUGAAACCAAUGUUUGCUCAGAGUUUCCUAAUAUUGUGUUAUGCUGAGUUUUAUUUUGCUCAUUCUGCUGCACAACAUCUGUUCUCAAAAAUGUGGCAAUCAUUUCCUUAGUAGGAUUCAUGCUGAACUCACUAAGAGGGUUAAUAGACUGGCACAGUUUUCACUUCCGCAACUUGAAGUAAAAUCUGGUGUCCCUUGAGUUCUUCUGCUGUUGGCUGAAUCCUUUUUUUCAUUUUCAUUUUCCAAAUUGUUUAAAAACAGCAGUUUUCCAUCCAUGUUGUUUAGCUUUCUUAAAGUAUUUCAUUAGUUAAUUAACAAUGCAAAGUUGUGUUCAGCAUCAGCAUCCUCCCAAGUUUUCAGCAUGUUGUUUUGGAAAAGACUUCCAAUAGUUAUUGGCUCUGAUGGUGUUGGGCUGCUUGUCCUGCUCUCAUCACUGUCUUCCUUUUACUUUUCCAGCUUCAGCAGUUGCGUGAGGGUAUGUUAUGGGAAAGAGUUACUGGGAAUUGGUUGUAAAAUACUCACCACUUGGGACUGUUUUGAGUGCUUAAUGAGGUUCAUCGCAAAGGCUGCAACCCUAGUUAAUGCAGCACUUCUGUGUCCUUGUUGUGAUUCUGUUGGAAACGAAGUCCUUGAAUAGGGUGAUUGCGAUAGAUGGUGGAAGAAAUACUGGUUUGAGUAAUGUUUUAAAUACUAUAUUACCUCCAGGUAGUGAUGUCUGCUUUGGAUGCCUAUGUGUGUUAACUCUACGUUAGAAGGCCAGUCCAUUAGCUGUGUCCAGUAGCCAUUCAAUCCCUGAUAACCUCCCUGGUCCUGUUUAGUCUGCACUGGAUUGAGAGGAAGUUGUAAUACCAGACUUGCUGGCAUACAGUUCUCCUGUGCUGCCGCAUUAUCUCUGCCAGUUCCACUAAUAACAAUGAUAAAAUAGGAGUACAGUGAAUACUAGUGCAGACUUGCCUUGCUGUUGCCCAAGCAGUAACCAGAGAUGGCUUGAAGUAGCUAUUUAAACUUUAUUUUUCAAUUCUCAUUGCUUGCUUCUGCCGCCAAGAACUAUCUUGCAUAGAAAGUGUAAUCAAAUAACUUGCUGUAUUAUACGAUAAUGCAAUAUAUGUAUAAUUCAAGAUAUUCACCAUUUGCUUUCAGACAUGCGGAAGUGAUGAAGAAAAUCAUUGAAACUGUGGCAGAAGGUGGGGGAGAACUUGGAGUUCAUAUGUAUCCUUUUAUCUAACUGCCUAAAAUAGGGUUUGUUUGUUUUUUGUUUUAAAAAGGGCUCUGCACUGAUUGCUUGUCUGUUUCUCAGAGUGUGUUCUCCCACUUUCCCCUCAAGUGCAUGUUCAAGUUUCAGGGGGCACUGCUACACUCAGCUGUGCUAAGGCACUUAAGACUGACUGCCUUAUAAGAAUGGCCCGCUUUGGGUGUGACUAUCACUAGGUGAUGUGAAUCGAAAAGAUUCUUAUAAUUAAUCCAUGGUUCACACAUGGCUAAGCCAAACAUGAGUGGUAUCCAGGGAAGUAGUUCUAUUAGUGCAAGGACGUAUGGCUGUGCAGUGGAACAUCUCCUCUACCUACUCCCUUCUCUUCUCUGUUCCCCCUGAAUCUGUUCUGGGGGUUCACCCAUAUUUGGGGAGGGUGCAUAGGGUGUGGAGAGGCAGGAGAAGUUCUGUUGCACCUCCAGAAGUCUACAUUGUUGGAUACUAUCCAAUGUAUUUUUUCCUUAAUGCAGUGCUAUUGGUGAUAUCCACCUAAGUUAGAAUGAGCGAUAAAACUGAUCAAUUAAUACUAGCCGUAAUAGUUACUUUCUACCACAAUGGUUGGAGCCUGUAUGUCUCUGAAUACUCAUCACUUGUGAGCACAAUUGGAAAGAGUACCGUUGUACUCAUAUACUGCAUACAGGCUUCCCAUAGACACCUGUUUGGCCACUGGAUGGAUGCUUGACCUGAUCCAGCAGAUUACUUAAGUCCAUUGUUCCCAAUAGGCCUAGUUUGCACAAGCAGCAAUAACUAUAAUAAAAACUAAUUGUUCAGUCGUCUUUAUGCAUGUGGGAGACACUCUCUGGCCAUUAAAACUGUUCCACUAGACUAGACUGGUAGCCUUAUCUAUCUUUUUCCAAAUAGGUACAUUGGUGCUUGACUAUUGAGGAAGGUUGAAUUGUUAAAACUUGUGGUUUUUACUUGGCUGCUUUGGGGUUAAAAACUUGCUUCUUUUUGUGGAACUACUGGGUUGAUUUUCCUUAAUUAAAUAUUCAGGUACCUUCUAAUUUUUUUGAAAUUUGUACAAGCAGUCAUUCCGACAAUAGAAUAUGACUACACGAGGCACUUUACGAUGUAAUUAGGGGAAAGAAUGUUUAUGCUAAUUAUUGAUUCUAAUUUUUAAAAAGGAAUAACCCAUACCUGUGACUGACUUGUUUAUCCACCAUGGUAUACAAUUUCUGUAAUGUACCACUUCUAUCAAGUUUAUGCAUCAAAAUAAAAUUCCACUACCAGCCUUACUUUUUAAUAAAGACCUUUAUGUGUAAAAAUAAAUAAUAAAACACUUUUUUUUUCAUUCCUGUGCUGUGGGUACAUAGAGGGUUUUUCUUUUUCUUUGACAUAUAGUACUGCGAAGACGGGGGAAAAGAAAGAAAAGAAAAGCUCAAACCAAGAUCCCAAUUCAUGUUUGUUUUUAAUAACAUUUUAUUAAAUUUUAGCAAGACAUG